AAAAAAAAAAAAAAAAAAAAAAAAACAGCAAAGACAAAAAAAAUAACAUCGAGAAGGAAGACAAGAAAGAUUAGAAGCUGAAUAUAUAUAUCCUAGUCUUUUUAUGCAGAGAGAACUUACAAAAACUAUCCAAAAAAAAGUCCAAAGCUAAAAGAAAUUAAAUGUAAACAGACUCAAAAUGAUCCAAAAACAGUGCUGAAUUCUAUGCCCAUUACUUCACAGCCUGUAAUGUAAGAGGCCUUCAAAAUCCACAGGAAGCCGACAGUUGAAGAUAAUUCCAAGCAAUCCAUGCACUCUUCUUCCUGAGAAAAAAUCCUGCCCAAGUUUUUCUUGGAUUUUAGUUUACUAUCAUGUGGGACUCAGAGAGUGAAUCUAUUGGCGCUCGUGAUUAUGGUAAUGGAGUUCUUAGCUCAGCCAAGUAUGGCGUCAAGACUGAUGGAUUUGAGCUCAGAGGCCAGUCAUGGUAUGUUGCAACUGAUAUUCCUAGUGAUUUUCUAAUUCAAAUUGGAGAUGUCAAUUUCAACUUGCACAAGUAUCCACUACUUUCUCGGAGUGGAAAGAUGAAUAGACUAAUAUAUGAAUCACGGGAUCCAGACCUGAACAAGAUUGCAUUAGAUGAUCUUCCAGGAGGACCUGAGGCGUUUGAGCUUGCAGCAAAGUUCUGCUAUGGCAUACCAGUUGAUCUAACAGCAGGCAAUAUCUCUGGCCUUAGGUGUGCUGCAGAGUACCUAGAAAUGACAGAAGACUUGGAAGAAGGCAAUCUUAUAUUCAAAACUGAAGCUUUUUUAAGUUACGUGGUGUUAUCAUCAUGGAGGGAUUCAAUAUUGGUGCUGAAAAGCUGUGAAAAGCUCUCGCCUUGGGCAGAGAAUCUUCAGAUUGUUCGAAGAUGUAGCGAGUCCAUUGCUUGGAAGGCUUGUGCCAAUCCAAAAGGUAUAAGGUGGACAUACACUGGAAAACCACCUAAAGUUUCAAGUCCAAAAUGGAAUGAUAUGAAAGAUUCAAGUCCUAGUAGAAAUCAGUCAGUUCCUCCUGAUUGGUGGUUUGAAGAUGUUUCAAUCCUUAGAAUAGAUCACUUUGUUAGGGUCAUUACUGCUAUUAAGGUAAAGGGUAUGCGGUUUGAGUUGAUUGGAGCUGCAAUUAUGCAGUAUGCAGCCAAAUGGCUUCCUGGUUUGAUUAAAGAUGGGGCAGGGCCUGUUGAUGAAGGAAGCAAUAGUAGUAAUAGCAGUAGCAGUAGUUGGAAAGGUGGACUCCAUAUGAUUGUUGCAGGAACUAAAGAUGACAUUCCAUCAGUUCAGGCAAAAGAUCAGCGUUUGAUCAUUGAGAGUCUUAUCAGCAUAAUUCCACAGCAGAAAGAUAGUGUCUCUUGCAGCUUUCUCCUUCGCCUUUUGAGAAUGGCAAACAUGUUGAAAGUGGCACCUGCAUUGGUUACUGAAUUGGAGAAACGUGUAGGCAUGCAGUUUGAACAAGCAACAUUAGCAGACCUUCUAAUUCCUUCUUACGACAAGAGCGAGACUUUGUAUGAUGUAGACCUUGUUCAAAGGCUUCUAGAGCAUUUCCUGGUUCAGGAACAAACAGAAAAUUCAAGUCCAAGUAGACAACCAUUUUCUGACCAAAGGGUUACUAAUCCAAAUGCCAAAAUGAGAGUCGCAAGGCUUGUUGACAGUUAUCUCACAGAGGUUUCCAGAGAUAGAAACCUCUCACUGACAAAGUUUCAGGUACUUGCAGAAGCUUUGCCAGAAUCUGCAAGAACCUGCGAUGAUGGGCUUUAUCGAGCAAUUGAUUCUUAUCUAAAGGCCCAUCCAACACUCUCUGAGCAUGAAAGGAAGCGUCUUUGUCGUGUGAUGGACUGCCAAAAACUCUCGAUUGAUGCGUGUAUGCAUGCUGCUCAAAAUGAGAGACUACCACUUAGGGUCGUGGUGCAAGUACUUUUUUCUGAACAGGUAAAAAUAAGCAAUGCAUUGGCCAGUAGCUCCCUGAAAGAAGCUGGUGAAGCACAGUACCAGCCCAUGAUACCAAAUCGAAAAACACUACUUGAAGGGACACCGCAGUCAUUUCAAGAAGGGUGGACAGCUGCCAAGAAGGACAUAAACACACUCAAGUUUGAACUCGAUAGUGUUAAGACUAAAUACAUUGAACUCCAAAACGACAUGGAGAAUUUGCAGAGACAGUUUGACAAGUUGACAAAUAAGAAACAGGCAUCAGCAUGGACCAGUGGAUGGAAGAAGCUGAGCAAAUUUACAAAGAUGACAACUAUAGAAAACCAUGAUGUUGGACCUCAGAUUCCAGCAGUUACUGCAGAACAGACUAGAAAGACUCCUAGAAGGUGGAGAAAUUCAAUUUCCUGAAAGAUAAAAAGUACAACGGAAGAGGUCGGCAACAAAGGAAUAGAUUUUACAAUUUGAUCCUAUGUUCGUGCAAUAAUUUUCUUCCUGUGUUUCUUUGGAAGUCAGGUUCUCUUUUUUCAUUUUUAAUUCCUAUUCUUUUCAUUUUCCUUUCCUUUCCUUUUUUCACAAAAUUUUUAGCCUUCACCACAGAAAUCUAGCAGAAGAACAAUUUGUCACCAAAAUCUGGUCAAGUCAUCGGUGUUUUUGUCAAUUCUUAUUUUAAGAGUAAUUUGUUUCUCACAUGCUGAAAUAUAAAGUUGCACUUGAUUAUCUCUC